AUGUGUGCUCUGGGCACGCAAUUCGUUUGGCCUUCCACGGAUCAGAAACUGGAAUCCGAACUGGGAGAGUCGGUCGACCACCUUGGGAUGCGUAUGCAUGAGGCUGCGCAACGCUUAAGCACUUUCAUACCACCCGGUGAGGGUGGAUUGCCGCUCAUACAGCGAUUAUUUCUUGCUGGCGGGUGGUUGAAGAAUCGGGUCGAGGUUACCAGAUCGUGGCAUUUGAUAUGUUCAGCCGUCCGGGAAGCACAGGAGAUCGGUCUACAUAUCGACAGCGCGGCGCAGGAAAUCUCGACGUGUGAACGAGAAGUGAGACGGAGGAUGUGGUACAUAUUAAACAUCUGGGACACGACUUUCUCCGGCUCGUUCGGCAGACCACGCAUCAUACAAGAAUUCGGCCAAGUCCCCCCACCAAACCCCCGUUUCGAACUUGCAGACAGCGUAAGCGAGGAGACAUCUGCGGCAGCAAUCAUCAUUCGCGAGUAUCGACUCUGGGCAUUUCUGUCUGACCCUUUGAGCGAUGCGAACAGCCCGCAUGCCAAGAUUCAAUUCGUCAAUGAUUGGAUCCGUGGCCUGCCAACUGUAUACAGCACCAUCGGGAGCGAUGCGAUCGGCGACGGCGAUCUCUUUGCGAACAAGUUUCGCAGGAUCAAGUUACAUUACUUGUCGGCGGACGAGCAGCAAAUGAUGAAUCAAUCGAGCCGAACUGGAGAUCUUGGUGGUUUUGACGCGACUUUCCCGGCAGGCGAGGAAACCACGGAGGCGAAUCUUUUAGAGUCGUUCUCCCCUUUGGAGUCCAUCGAGCAGCUACUUGUCGGAGAUAACUUUGAGAUGGAAGCGACAGCUCAGGAUGCAGCGGAUUUAGACUUGGGGCUGGUUGGUAUUGGUUAUAAUGGGUCAGGCAUCAUGGCCCUAGAGGAGCAGAUAAACAUGCUGGUAUGGAGCCGUGGCUUAUAUAGCUUAGCAACUUACCUCCGUAGCCGGCAAGUACUCAGAGCCCAGGCGUUAACAGAGCCAGAAUCCGAGAAGGCCAGAAAUGGACAAUACGACUUACAGCGGGGCAACGAAUGCUGCUGGGCGCAUUCAACUGAAGCGCGUGGCGACAGCUCUGUAGCUGUAAAACAGCACCAAAUUCAUACUGGUGGCAGGCUGAACGCUGGCGUCGAGCUGAACACUGGUGGCGGGCUGAACGCUGGUGGCGGUGGGAAUGCUGGCAUCGAGCUGAACACUGGUGGCGGGCUGAACGCUGGUGGCGUGUUAUUGACCCUAAAUUCUCAUAUCAGGAUGGGCUGGGUGGUGUUGGCUGAAACCCAUGCCUGGAGUGAAACAUUUUACUGA